AUGAACUGCAAAGAUUUUGUUGACCCCACUCAAGCGUUACCAACCACUGCUGCAUUGGACCAGGCCCUCGAUGAGGCUAUCUCAAACAUACUCUCAUCAUCCUCCUCCUCUUCAACGACAGACCAUGAUGCAACAAAUACUUCUGGGGCUCAAGCUGAUGUUGCCAAGUCUGGAGGAGUACUGGCGAAUAGCGAGAGGCGGCAGUGGCUCGAGGAAGAGGAUGAACUUAUCAGACAAGCUGUGGCUUCAAAUGGAACGAAGAAUUGGACUCUCAUCGCUGAGGCACUAACCAGACUUCAUAGGAAUACUAUCACUAGGACCGCAAAGCAGUGCAGGGAGCGUUGGCAUAACCAUCUUGAUCCAAAGGUCGAUAAGAGGCCCUGGACCGAGGAAGAACAUCGUAUCAUCUUUGAAGCCCACAAUCGCUUUGGUAACCGAUGGGCAGAAAUAGCUAAGCUCCUACCUGGACGCACAGACAAUGCGAUAAAGAAUCUGUGGUACUCAACGAUUCGUCGAAAUAAGAGGAAGUCCCAAGGGUACCAGAGAAGGGCGUCGAUCAAUUCAGAGUCAUCGAUGACGAGGAAGGGCGAGAUGA